AUGGAUAAUCAACGCCAGACCAUCCAGCAACAGAGUAAAAGAUGUCGUCUAGUACUCUUCCCAUUGCCAUUACAAGGACAUAUAAAUCCCAUGAUUCAGCUGGCCAAUAUCCUUCACCACAAAGGAUUCAAUAUUUCUAUCAUUCACACUAAAUAUAAUCUCCCAAAUCUCUCCAAAUACCCUCAUUUCACCCUGCACUUAAUCCCUGAUGGCUUAUCAGAAACUGAAGCUUCCACAACAGAUAUUCCACUUCUGCUAAAACUUCUCAAUGAGAAAUGUGUUAAGCCAUUUCUUGAUUGCUUGGCUCGAUUAUUAUCUGAUGAUGCUGAUGAUCCUAUAGCAUGUAUAAUUACGGAUGCAGUUUGGUAUUUCACACAGGCUGUGGCUGACAACCUUAAGAUCCGGAGGAUUGUACUCCGGACGAGCAGUGUUGGUUCGCUAUUGGCCUUCGCAGCUCUACCACUUCUUCAAGAUAUGGGAUACCUCUCUUGGAAAGAUUCCGAAAUGGAUACACCAGUCGUGGAGUUCCCACCUAUGAAAAUUAAGGAUAUUCCAACCAUUAAAACGAGCAACUCAGAGGGGCCAUACCAGAUCAUUUCUAAUAUGGUGGAACAAACAAAAAAAGCCUCUGGGCUCAUUUUCAACACAUUUAAAGAACUGGAAGAGUCUGAAUUAGACAAACUUCAAGAACAGUUCCUCCUUCCUACUUUUGCAAUUGGCCCGUUCCAUAAGUACUUUUCAGCAUCCUCAAGCAGUUUAUGGACACAAGAUCGAACCUCGAUCUCCUGGCUGGAUACACAAGCACCUAGGUCAGUAAUCUAUGUGAGUUUUGGGAGUGUUGCAGAAAUGCGUGAAGAGAAAUUGAUUGAAGUGGCGUGGGGGUUGGCCAAUAGUGCUCAACCAUUUUUGUGGGUUGUCCGGCCUGGAUUGGUGAAUGGCUCAGAAUGGCUUGAAAUCUUGCCGAAGGAACUCUUGGAGGCAAUUAGUAGAAGGGGAUAUAUUGUAAAAUGGGCUCCUCAACAAGAAGUUCUAUCUCAUCCUGCCACUGGUUGCUUUUGGACCCACAGCGGAUGGAAUUCGACUCUCGAGAGCAUUUGUGAGGGCGUUCCAAUGAUAUGUUCUCCUUUCUUUGGUGAUCAGAUGGUGGAUUCCAGAUACGUGAAUGAUAUUUGGAAAGUCGGGAUUAAGCUGGAGAAAGGGCUGGAAAGAUUCGAAAUUGAGAGCGCAAUAAGAAAACUAAUGGUGGGAAAGGAAGGAGAAGAUAUGAGGAAGAAUAUAAUGUGUUUGAAGGAAAAAAUAGAUCUUUGUUUGAAGCCUUGCGGUUCUUCAUACCGAUCACUUGAUAAUUUGGUUGAUUUCAUUUCAUCUUUCCGACCUCCUGUUUGA